CGGCGGCCAUUUUGUGCCUCUGGCCCUUGCGACGCGGCGGGCGGGCUCGGCUGUCGGCCUUCCUCCGCCUCCUCUCCCCGUCGUCGGUCGGAGCUCGGCAUGGGCCGCAAAAAGAAGAAGCAGCUGAAACCCUGGUGCUGGUAUUGUAAUAGAGAUUUUGAUGAUGAGAAGAUCCUUAUUCAGCAUCAAAAAGCAAAGCACUUUAAAUGUCAUAUAUGUCAUAAGAAAUUGUAUACAGGACCUGGUUUAGCAAUUCACUGUAUGCAGGUUCAUAAGGAAACAAUAGAUGCUGUACCAAAUGCUAUACCUGGGAGAACAGAUAUCGAACUGGAAAUCUAUGGCAUGGAGGGUAUUCCGGAAAAAGAUAUGGAUGAAAGGAGAAGACUGCUUGAACAGAAAACUCAAGCAGAGAGCCAGAAAAAGAAGCAGCAAGAUGAUUCCGAUGAGUAUGAUGAUGAUGAAUCUACAGCUUCAACCUCAUUUCAACCACAGCCCGUUCAGCCCCAGCAAGGAUACAUCCCUCCGAUGGCACAGCCAGGAUUGCCGCCGGUGCCAGGGGCCCCAGGAAUGCCACCAGGUAUUCCACCAUUAAUGCCAGGUGUUCCUCCUCUUAUGCCGGGAAUGCCACCAGUUAUGCCAGGCAUGCCACCUGGAUUGCAUCAUCAGAGAAAAUACACCCAGUCAUUUUGCGGUGAAAACAUAAUGAUGCCAAUGGGUGGAAUGUUGCCUCCUGGACCAGGAAUACCACCUCUGAUGCCUGGAAUGCCACCAGGUAUGCCGCCACCUGUUCCUCGUCCUGGUAUGCCUCCGUUGACGCAAGCGCAGGCUGUGACAGCCCCUGGUAUUCUUAAUAGACCCCCUGCUCCUACUGCAGCGGUUCCUACCCCACAGCCUCCAGUUACUAAGCCACUUUUCCCCAGCGCGGGCCAGAUGGGGACACCUGUCACAAGCUCAAGUACAGCUUCAUCCAAUUCAGAAAAUCUGUCUGCACCUUCUAAAGCUCUGUUUCCUAGCACAGCUCAAGCUCAGGCGGCUGUUCAGGGUCCCGUCGGUACUGAUUUCAAGCCUUUAAGUAGUACCCCAGCGACAACCACAGAGCCUCCCAAACCUACAUUCCCUGCUUAUACCCAGUCUACCGCCUCAACCACUACAACAACAAACAGCACUGCAGCUAAACCAGCUGCCUCUAUAACAAGUAAGCCUGCAACACUUACCACAACCAGUGCAACCAGUAAGUUGAUCCAUCCAGAUGAGGAUAUAUCAUUGGAGGAGAGAAGAGCACAGUUACCUAAAUAUCAACGUAAUCUUCCUCGGCCAGGACAGGCCCCCUUAGGUAAUCCUCCCGUUGGACCAAUUGGAGGAAUGAUGCCACCGCAACCGGGGAUUCCUCCACAGCCACAAGGAAUGAGACCCCCAAUGCCGCCUCAUGGUCAAUAUGGUGGUCAUCAUCAGGGUAUGCCAGGGUACCUUCCUGGGGCUAUACCUCCGUAUGGGCAGGGACCCCCAAUGGUACCUCCCUACCAAGGUGGGCCUCCUCGACCGCCAAUGGGAAUGAGACCUCCUGUGAUGUCGCAAGGAGGCCGUUACUGAUGUUACUUCACGCAGUUUAAUAGGUUUGGAGAUUAAACCUUUUCUCAUCUUGUGCUGUUUAUAUAGCCGAGCUUCCCGUCAAUUAAGGCUUCAUUGUGACUUUAAAACAGUAUCUUCUCACAUACCAAGAACUAUUGGACAUUUGUUUUACUUGGGAAAAGUGAUUUGGAAUAAAAGCAGGAGUUUUUCCUGAUGUUGCAAUUUAUACUGUAUGGCUUCUUUUUCAUGUUUCAUCUAGGUUUUUAGAAGUGAAGUAUAGUAAAUAUGGUUCGUUAAAUUGUGAAGGCGCUGGAAUUACAUGAACAUACCAUCUUAAAGGCAAGUUCUGUAACAUUAUGUUGCUAUUGGUAAAGUGAUGCCUUCACAGCAUUUCUGAUGCUGUUGGACUUCACGUCCCCAACAUAGCUUGGUGAGGGCUGUAACUGUUUCCAAGUACCUGUAAAUUGGAAGUCUGAGUGUGUAACAGUAUUUAAUGUAUUUAGAGUUGCUCAUGUUGCAGGGCUUUAAAAAAAAAAAGAACAACGAUAAACAAACAAAAAAUAACUGACCCACUAAGUCAUGUGACUUUCUGUACUGUUAAACUUCAUUGUAAUAAAAUGAGAGAACCAUUUAUGCCUUUUUAUUCAUGGCCAGCUGUGGACCACUGCCUGGAAGGUUUGUACAUAUGCAUGCCAAAGUAGAUGUCCACAAAUAAUAAAAUGCAUAAUUACUGGUGCACUUUUGCUAUUCUUGGAUUCUGUCUGAAUUAUGGUCAUCUUUAGCUGCAUGUUCUAAAUUGCUUAUUCCCGGGCGAGUGGACCUAGCCCUUUCAGUGUGCAUAAAUGUUUAGGCGUAAAAAUCUAGGGGUCACCUUUCAGGUAUCUAUCAUUCCACAAUGGGUAUAAAUGGUUUGGCUUUCUUCCUAGUGCUUUCUUUCUUUGGUUUCCAAAUAGAGGUUUAAGAUGUGAAUGUUGAUAAUGGCCUCCUUCCCUCCUUUUCUCCCUUACCACACCCGCAGCCGACCUUAUAGAGCCUAGUGCCAGACACAUUAGCCGACCUGACCAUUUGAUAAGCAGACUAGUUUGCCUGGACCUUAGAAAUCCUCCAAGGGAACAUGUCUAGAAGGCCGCCACUAAAUUUGGAUUGUAUCUAUCCUAAAAGCACUAGACACUCAGCCCUAUGCUGUCUCACCACUGGAGUAUCUUUGAGAGCUUAUGCUUGGAUAUUUUUGACUGCUAGAAGCAUCUGUUUGGCACAUAAUUCCCUAAUUGCAAUGCUGAGCAUCUCCUGUAAGUGACUGACUUGAAGUGUAGGGUACCUUACUGUAUACAUACAAAGCAUAUCCACUUAAUAUAUGGUGGUCAAAAAUUUAUACUAAUUAUUGUUGCAGAUAUUCAGUACUUGAGAUGAUUUCCCUUUCAUUACCAAUAGAUUGUCAUCAGAUUUCGGCAUGGCUUAUAAAUCCACUGUUGUCAAUUUUUUUGUGUUCUCUGCAUCGAAAAGAAUGAACUUUUGAACCAAAAGUUAGUACCGUUCUUAGCUUUGAUCAUAUAAAGCUUGGGUGACCCACCCAAAUUGAUCUGAAUGUAAAAUUCUAACCCACUUUUUUGAUGAUCAGAAUAUUGGAUCUAGAAGCCUUCCUUAUUUUGUGAAAUUAAAUGUUUGGAUAGAUCAGCUCUAUCCUGGGUGACUCUUACUUUUCCAUCUUGAGAUAGAUGACUGGACUAUUCGAUCUUACUAUUUCUCUUUUAGCUCUCAGACUUUGUGAUGUCUACUAGGAUCUAAGCACUAACCAGCUGUUUUAAAUGAUAAAUGGCAUAAAUCUUCUAUUGACUGCAAACUUACUACUAAUUAUGUCCUGCAUUGAUAUGGGGGAGGUGGUGGCAUCUCAGAAGGAAGUGAGUCUAAAAAAAUAUUUUACAGACAGUAAUCUGAAAUGGUUUAAGUUCAGUGUUCUAAAAGAAGGUGCUCAGCAUUUCAGCUUAGUUAAAUCUGGUAGAACCAAGAGGCAAGACAUCUUUCCAGAACCCGUUAUUACCAAGAUCAAAAUUUAAAUCCUAGCCUGGGGAUAAGACCCCCUUCGCUCCCCACCUCCCCGUGAAGCGAAUUAUUGACCAAUUUUUUGAAUUCUGCUAGUCUCUUGUUGCUGGAAACCUCCCUGCAUAAAGCUGUUUAACCCAUCUAUCAGAGGACGUUAUUUUCCCACUAAGAUGAUUCUAAGAAUUAACGGCCUGUGGCCCCAUCAUUUUUUUGUUAGAAAUAUUGCGGUAGAGCCACUUUGUUCCAUAGGUCAUAGAUUCGAGUGAUCCACAGAACUGUGGAGGGUCGCACGCUAGUAGUGGGUUUUUUUUUUUUAUUUAUUUUCCCCCUUCCCAAGGAGACAGCUGGCAGGGCUGCCCCUCGUCUCCCGUUUAAAAAAGAGAUCUCUUCAAAAUCUGUCUGGCACUAGCUGUUCUAUCUUGAACUGGUCUAGCUCUUGACCCAUUCGACCCAGGUGAGGGUAAACUUAGAGUGACUGAUUUGCUGAUACAGUACUCUUAAAGGCCAUCAAGCUUGGGGGAAAAAAUAACCACAAGCGACUGUGUUCUCAUGUUCCAUUGAUCAAGCAGCAAAGUGAGUGUUUAAACUCAGAGUAGAGUUUGGACUAGUAAUGAAUAAUGCAAACAAAUUAGCUUUCAUUUUUUAAUUUGCUUGAUCUUUGGAAUUUUGUUCAUUUUUGAAUGCAUGUCUCUUCACUUUAAUUGGGUUGUGUUUUUCUAAAAUUGAAAUUUUCUUCUUCCUAUAGCCCUGCCAUAGGACAGGCUGAGGCUGAGUCUCAGUGUUGCCCUGUUCAGUCUGAGGCAAGUGGGAUUUAUUUUAUUCCUUAUGGGGGCUUUCACAGCUUUAUGGCUGUUGGAUAUUCAUGUCCCCAAACUUGCAGCAAGUUUGGUGAAGGCCCCUAAAUUUAAUUAAAUUUAGGUUUUUAUAUUCUAUUGGGUAGAGAAGGCUCUAUAUUAAUAUUCGUGUUUGACUGUGGUGUGUUAGGCAAUGUGACAACAAAAUUAUAGGAAUUGAACAGUUUUACCAUUUGAGAAGAUUGCCGUCCAGUCUGGUUGUCAUUUAACUUUAUCAGCUGUGCUUUAUAGCCAUUGGACCGCCUCAGUUGAUCAUGUCUUGACAUUUUUUAAUAUGGGCGACCUUUUUCAUUCCAAUGCUACAUCCUGCCCUUCAUCUGGAGGAUGAAAGCCCUAUUUUGAAGCAUUUUCAGUCCUGAAUUGGGUUAAUCACUCUAUGAGGAGAAAAGUUGUCUGGGUAUAUAAAUUCAAGUAUUUCAUUGAGUCCAGUUCUUAGAACUAAAAUUGCACUUGGAGUCUUUAAUUUUCUACAUUAUUAAUAGCAUUAAAAGAAUAAGUGGUAGUGCUCAAUAUGUUAUAAUUGUUACAAGUCACCACAUCAGAGAAAAUGUUAAUGUAGAGCCCUAUGAGAAGUGAGGGUGGGGGAAACUACAAAUUUUACUUGCGAAAGGCAACUAAGAAAAUGGCUGACGUACUGGCUGACAUUUUUAUUCAGUCUCAUUCAGAGGUGGGGGAUCCAAUGAGUAAUUUAGUAUCGCAAGCACAGAAUUUUGAAAUUACAGCUGGGGGUUGUGGGGAGGGGCGGUGUGUGUGAGUGUGUGGUGUCCUGAAUAACUAAGUUUAUCUUUUUUUUUUUUAAUUUGGAGAGCGAGUGGGUUUGGAAGGAGGUAGGAAUAAAACAGGCAUUGAUUUCACUGUGAUUCAUUAAUGAAUUUUGACCAACAGUUGUGGCUUUGUUAUUCCAAGUGUUCCUAUAUAAGAAGAAAAUCAAUCAGUUGUAUUGAUUGAGUACUUACUGUGUAUACAGUGCGUGUCCCGAGUUUGUUCUUAGGAAAUACAGGAUUUUGUUAACGUGGAGUUAAUAUAUAUGGGACAUCAGCCCUUGAAAGAUCUGAACAAAAAAAGGUGAAUGACUUGCCAACAAAAUUCAUCCCAAGGUUUUCUAUUAAAACAUGAUUUGAGCCAGUGCUGUUCCUGACCUUGGAAAAGGACAGUGAAUUUGAAUUGGCAUUUUGAAUCGCUAACAAAUCUGAAGACAUCCUGCUUCCACGGGAAAAGGGAAGCAUUUGAUAUUUCCUCUGUUGCCCUAAAAUGUAGCCCUGGUUCAUGUUCUGUUUCUCUUUUGAGGUCCAGAAAUUGCUUGUUCUAAUUCUGACUUAAUCAGUCUAUAUCUGUGUAGAUUUAGGAAUACAUUAUAAAAUAGCAGCUGAAUAGCAUUUUUUGAUAGUCCUUUGAUUUUAAAGAUAAUGGUUUUGCCUCAAGCCCCCCCCCCCCCCCCCCCCCCAAACUACUGAGAAAGUAGCCCAGAAGGGUGAGGAGGUUGGGGUGGGAGGAGUUGGGUGCAGGAGUAGUUGGUCAGGAACAAGCAAGGGUUCAAGGGAAGACAAGGACAGCAGAGCUUGACUCCUUGUGGCCGGGAUUCUUCUAUUAUGUUUAAAUUUUGUUUUGGAUAUCAAAAAUACCUCUUAGACCUUAAAUGAUGAAAGGUAUUAACAUUGGCUAAUAGCUUGUUUUUCCAAACUUUGUGUUUUAAUCCCCAGUGUAGAUGUGUUCUGCCAAACCCAGUACUCUUAUUAGGGAAUUAGAAAUGCCAUGCGCCCUUUGACUUUACCUAAGUGACAUACUUAGCAUUUGUUUGUCAUUCUUCGAUGUACCCAUUGUCAAUUUAUGUUGUAUUCUCUUCAAGAGGAGGUUAGCAUCUCAGGAAUAAAAAUUGCAUAUGAGAGCCGGUCUAUGUGCCAGGCACUAAGGUAGAAGUUGAUCAGGUCGGACACAGUCCGUGUCCCCCAUAGGGUUCACCAUCUAAAUUAGGAGGUGGAGUAGGUACCGAAUUCCCCAUUUUACAGAUGGAACUGAGGCACAGAGAAGUUAGAUUUGCCUUAGGUCACAUAGCUGUCAAGUGGCAAAGUGGUAAUUUAAGGUAGCAGUAUCUUUGAAGAUAAAUAUUUAUGGAAGUUGUCUCUUUUCCUCUCUGCCUUUCUCAAUGAUACUUUGGCUGUUUCUUCUCUGGUCCUGAUUUUCACAAUAUUCAGUUAAAUUUUUUCCUGUUCCACAUCAAAAUAGAAGAUAAAUACUUAGCAUUUCUAGUACUUGGUAGUGUGCCUACAUAUUCUGGCAACCCCUCUUCUCAAUACCUAAGUCACCACCCGCUGCUUUACAGAAGUAUCCUGGUUCCACCCUGUCUUCUAAAUCUCACUUAGAUAGGUGGGUAGAAGGGAAAGUCAGAACUCUCCUUAAAUAUCUAAAGAUCCUGCAACAGCCCCACCUAAUAGCUUUGUCAUCACCUAACACACAGGGUUGAUAGUUAACUUGGAGAUAGAGGUGAGGAAUUAGUUCUAAAUUUGGAAAGGAGAUGAAGAACAGCAUUUUAGAGAUUACUGUAAAGAAUAACAAAAGGGCAAAGCACUAAAAUCUUUACAGUCUGCACUGAGUUGUUAAUCUUUUUUGAACCAUGGUAGUGUGGAGCAAGGCCCCGGGUGGCGGGAAGGUGAGGUGUUGGCUCCCCAUUGCCAUCUUUUUCAAGCUAGUUUGUAGCUUGUGGUUACACAACUUGAAAAACUGAAAGAAUGUUCUCAGAAUCCUGUCAGCCCAGUAUAUUUUUGAAAGAUUAUCCUAUCAUUAACUCCUAACUAAAUAUGCAGAGCAGAAAUCUAUGAAUUAGCUUUUAAAUCAUUAGUAUUUGAGUGCAGAGCACUGUAGUGAACACUUGGAAAAGAAUUGGAGAAGUGAAAGACCCAACCUAUGAUUUAAAUUCUAGAAUGGGCAGGAAUGCUUCAAUUGAGCACAUAGGAUCAAAAUAGGUGGUACAUGGUUAACCUGAGGUUGUGGGCGAUAUGAAAUAUAACAGAUGUGUGGUGGUUACAAGUUGUAUUAUGGCAAGUGGUGGAAACACCUUUAUCACGUUUGGUUAAUGGUUCUUUCUAAUUCUGUGUUUUAGAGGCAGAUUCAUCCCCUUAAUUGGCCUUGCCCUUUAUUCCCCAUUUGUGGGGUAGCUGAUUUAUUGAGAAGCUAAUACUGGCAUCCUGUUCCACCAGUUUGGGCAAAAAUAAAGAAAUAGGUUUUUACCUCAAGAAAAAACACUGAGUUUACUUGACACUUAAGUUAUGUGAAGGGGAACUAGACCAGACUUUUUAAUAAAGAACAUUGGGAAGGAGUUUUUUUAAUGGUCUGUUACUAUAACAGAAAAUUGUGGGGGCCAAAACUCAAACAUUUUUCUUAGCAUUGGAAAGCUUAAUUUUAUACAUCCAGUUUGCCUUUAAUGCAGGGAGUAUUUGAUGGACAGAGGCUUCUAAAUUACAGCAGUGCUCUAUCCAAAAUGUAGUCAAGAUGUACACUCUAGCAGAACUGAUCAUUUUCUUUACCAUAUUGAAAAGGAGCAUAUGCUUUCCUUGUAUUCCAUUUGUGGUUUUGAAGUAGGAAGGUAGGGAAGUGAUUGGUGAAAUACAAAUUCUUUUGUCUCAUGUCUUUUGAAUGGAGCAGGGAGUGAGAGAAAUGAGGUAAAACCCACCCUUUUAGAGCAAGGGUGCAGGCGAAAAGCAAAGAGUAUCCAUAAGAAAAGGGAAGAAGGGGUAAGAAGCUGGUGAAAUCUGUACCAUCUCUUUAAAUAGAGCCCAGUAUGGGGAGUUGUGUAAGUUAAAAACUAGUGUCAAAGCUUUAGGAAAUGGCCCCUUUCACUUCUGAAAUUAGCUGCCUUUUUACUAGAGAUUGACUAACCUGGUAACAACCAACCACUUCUUGUUUCUUUUACGAGACUUCCUAUUUAGAAUAAACAGCUCAUAAUUCCCUUUACAGAGACAUUAGUCCAAGAGAUGGUAUCUGGUCACAUUCAAUUGAAAGGAACUUUGUGACACAUAGGGGAAGGAAGAAACAGCCAAGUGUUUAGCAAGCUCUGAGGAAACUUAAUGACAUUGACUUUUUAAAUUCUGGAUUGAACUCCUCAGUUUAAUACAAUUUGUGUUUUUGUUAACUAGCAGCAGAAUUUCAGCAUUUGCUACUUACUGGUAGAGAAGAAAAAUUCCACAGCACUGCCAGUACAGGUUAGUUUAAUCUGUAAGUACCUGAUAUUCAUUUUUGAAAUACUGUUUUCCAACAUUACCACAUUAACUACAUGAAGAAGAGAGCCCGUCAGUUACUCAGAUGUGACUCCUAGUUAACUUGUAUAUGUUAACUCUUUUCUUGGCCUUGAGCGGCUGGAGGGCUGUUGCCAGCUUUAAAGAUUCAUUGCUGCUGUGGCCAGAUGUUAGCUCUCUGCACUUCAAAGUUAAUAAUUGAGAUUAACUGUGCCCAAAUGUAAAGACAUUGGGACCCAGACAGGAUUCAUUUGGAACACUUGGGUUGCUGCACCCCCUUCCACAUUUUCUUUAAGAAAUCACUUGAAUGUGGCUUGAUUUUUUUUUUUUUAAUUUUUCUUCUCUCUUCUCUUCCCUUCCCACCCCACCCAUCCCCACCCCCCACCCCUACCCAAAUAAUGGCUAGGUCAAUAUGAAAAUAGUAUUCAAAAUGCUCCUUCAGUGUGUGACUGGCUGUUUUUAAACAGCUAGUACAUCAGGUAAUCAAGGUAGUUGCUGUUAUGUGACUGAAAACCCAUAUGUUAAUGUUAAAAAUUAGAGCCUUCACUACGAUUUCAAUUUUCCCUGUUUAAUACUAUCUCAUUAGCAUGGGCUCAAUCACUCGGUGGUUAUUUAUUGAGCGCUUAUUCUGUGCAGAGCACUGUACCAAGUGUUUCUGAGUACAGUACAACAGAAUUAGUAGUCACAUUUCCUGCCCACUUAUAGUCAGAGAAGGGCUCCACGGGGCUUGAGUAGUAGAGCUAGUGUAUUUAGUAGUUUUGAUAUUGCUUUUAAAUUCUGGGGGAGAAAUCAUUACAUAUUCCCUGGUGGUUGAGGCAGAUGUGUGAUUUCACAGAGUGUAGCUAGGAACAAAGGGUAGCAGUUGAUAUUAGCUCUGAGAAAGAAAUGGACACUGGGCUCAAUUCCCUUCUAGAUCAUUUCCUCCAACAACAACAAAGUGGAGCAAAGAGCAGGCAUUCCCCCUUAUACUCCCUGCCCCCCAACCUUCCCUCUCCCCUAAUAAAAACCAAAUAAAUCCUUGGUGGUUCAACUAAUGAUGUGUAUUUGUAAGACUAUCCACUCACUGUUUGUUUUUUUUAUAUGAAACCGAGGGCAAAGUGUCCUUGCCUUUCACAGUUUAAGCUAUUUAAGAAAUGGACUAGAUACAGUGGAAGUGGUUUUCCUUUUAAAAAACAUCCUUAUGCAGAGCUGCCUCUGGUGAGUACUGCUUUACUCUUUUAUGUCCAUAUUUACAUCAGAUUACAGUGAACCGGGAAGAUCCUGUACUACUUGAAAUAGUUAACCACUACUUGGAGAAUUCUUAUUUAGGCUUUUAGAGUUUGUCUUAAUUAUGUGGGUAGAAACUAGGGGAAACCGUGAUGCUUGUUGCAUGGCUUAACCUUUUCACUAACAUUAACUUUUUAUUUAUCUAUCUUAUAUAGAUAGAUAAACACAUCUGUACACACACACACAUAUAUCUAUAUACACAUACACACAAACACACUCUAAACAUAAUUAUAGUAAAUCAAUGCCACAGCUGUAACAGGCUCCAUCAUAAAAGUGGUGAAUUUUCACCUAAGGCUGCAACUAGACGUCUUCAGGCAGGCUUUGGUUCAACGUUCAGAAAGGGGAUGUUUAAGCUGCAGGUGAGAAGGCUACCUAAUUCUGGCACCCAGCCAGGUCUCAGAAAGGUUGUGUCGACUACAUUGUUUGGGUGGUAUAAAGGACUUUUCUGAUGUUUCUUGAAAGGUGAAAUUGCUAGCACUAACCUUGCACGCAAAGUAGUUUAACUGCAGAUACUGGGACAGUUGUGUCAACUGCCAUUGGGAUUCGCUGAUUGAUAUGCUAUGUGCUUCAUUCCCCCAAGACUGUUCCCCUUAAUGGAAUUUUUUCUUGUUUUUCACCACCUUCCUGGCUCUUUUUUAUAGUGAACUAACAGUAUUUCUGACACGAUGGUUCAGACACAAUAAGAGUUGGUAUAUUUUUGAAGAAUAAAUUUGUCCUUUUGCAGAAUUAAAUAGUCCUAAAGUAUGGCAUCUGGGUCUUGGUUCCCAAAAUUCUAAAACAGUAGUUGGUCAUUCCAUUUGAAAAUCAAACUGGUGAGUAUGUAACACUGGGGUGAAAGUACCGCUUUGAAAGUCUUUAUUUAAUCUGUAUACAUAUGUAGUGCUUUAGUCAUAGCAAAACAUUAAAUUUAAUUUGAUUUGA